GUGGUAGAUCCAGGGUCUGCAGGAACAAUAACCCGGCUGAUAGAUGAACAUCUGUUCCGGAAAACCGUAAUGAGGAACACUAGUUCUGCGGCGCAAUACUGACAGGAGUUCAAAUAACGAAAGAUCUUGUAUAGAAGUGUGUCAUUCACUGCUACUCCUUGAGCAUGAUACCAUUGAAGUCUCAUCGCUUCUCAGUAACACACCUAGCGGGACCCAACAUGUUUAAUACUGGCAUAGUCCUUGCGGCCCUGAUCCAUAUAUCUGUCGCACAGGAACUUCUUUACGACCUUGUCAAUUCAAUUCUCGUCCCAAAACUCAAGUCCGACUUCGCCAAAAACAAUGUCUCCGCUCAAUGGGCACCGUCAUACCCCAAAGAAUGGGGCUCCGAAGAUUUACAAUUCCAAUUCAACGAUCCCAUGCCAGAUGAAGUCUUCAGCGGGGUACUCACUGAUGACGGGAGGUAUUUAGCAAUGCUUAACGGUACACAUGUUAGGUUCCUAGAUAUAGAUUUAAACACGACUGUCACCACUUUCAGUUUGGGUUUACCUGCCAACUAUGCCGCACAGCACCUAGUAGUACGUUCUACACCUGAAGGGGGCUACGACGUCUUCGCAGACGGCGCGAAACCCCUCAUAAGUGUCGAUUCCGUGUUCCGAAGACAACUAUACCCAGACCUCACCCUCACCUCCGAAACUCCAAUCGCCUACAAAGGCGCCCUCGGUACCUUCAGUAAGCAAGGUAAAAUGGCCUUAACACCAGGCUCAAUCCACGAUCUCAACACCCCAAACAGCCCCGCCAUAAUCCUAGAAGGCCAAACCAGCGUCACAGACCUCAACUUCAACCCCAACGGCACCCUCCUCUCAACCGUAAACUGGAACCUCCGCACGGCAGAUCUCUGGAACGCAACCACCGGCGCCAAAAUCUUCGCCUUCCCAGACGCAAAAGCCCAAAACUGGCGCACCUUGUUCUCGCCCGAUGGGAAAUACAUCGCCAUCGCACUGGGCAGCGGAAACCGCUCCAUCCAGAUCUACGCCACCGAAAACCUAGCCGCAAAACCAAUCACACUCACCGGCUUCAAAGACUGGCCCCGCGUCCUCGAGUGGAGCCAGAGUAGCUCUUUCCUCGCUGUCGGCGACCCAGGGCGUCUUCAGGUCUUUGGGGUCCCAGAUGGUACGGUACUUCAGACGUGGGAGCUUGAGAGCACGAAUAAUGGGGUUUAUAGUGUGGAUGAUGUGCAUUGGGUUGAUGGGGAUCGGAAGAUUUUGUUUGCGUUCCGGUAUGCCGUGUAUGUUUAUGAUUUUGAGAAGAAUUUGAAACGGUGGAUCACGCCUAGGGUUACGGAUCAUAUGUGGACGGAGCAGAAUCUGAAGGUGAGGGUGGGGGAAGGAGAGGGGGAUGGGAUUUUGGUUUCGGGAGAUCCGGAUGGUGUUGCUAGGGGCUGGAAAUUGUGA